AUGGCUUCCAAGGGAGUUCCGGUUUGGUUUCUCAUUCUGUUCACAGUCCUAAUCGCCACCACUUUCGUCAGAUGCACGAGCGUCGGCCACACGCCGUCGACGGACGAUGAUGCUAAAGACUACUCGAAGAUGAAAGCCAAGACGGAGGAGGCCACGGAUGAGAUCAACAGGCAAACACAACAAGCCAAGGAUGAGCUGAAGAGCAGGACACAAAAGGCCACCGAUAAAGCAUCGAAUAUCGGAAAAGAAGCCAAGGAGUCGACCGAGUCGUGGACAGGAUGGGCUAAAGACAAGAUAUCCGAAGGUCUUGGGUUCAAGCAAGACGACAAUGCUAAGGAUUCUGUUAAGAAAGCCUCUGAUUCAGCUGCAGACACUGCCACCAAGGCCAAGGACAAGUUAUAUGACAUAACCUCAGGAGCUGGUGAAUACAGUGCAGGGAAGGCAAAGGACAUGAAAGAUUCGGCCUACAAGACAACCGAGGACACCAUGAGUGCCUCAAAGGUAAAGGCCAGUGACUUAACAAACGCCGCAAAAGAAAAUGCGAACGCAGCUACAAGUAAAGCUAAAGAGGGAAUAAACACGGCGAAGGAGAAAGCCAAGGACAUAGCGGAUACAACCAGCGAGAUGAAGAACGAAGCCAAGGAAAGGGCUGAUCGGAGGGUAGAAGAAGCGAAGGAGAAGGCGGCGGAUGAGGCCGAGAAGAGGAAGGCUCAGACGGAGGAGAGUCUGUCAUGGGCGAAGGAGAAAGCAAAAGAAGGCUAUGAUGCGGCCAAAAACAAAGCCGGAGAGACCAUGGAGGCGUGGAAGGAGUCGAUAGCAUCGAGCUACGAAUCGGCGAAGCAGAACUCGCAAGAAAUGAAAGAUAGUUAUGUCAACGGCGGAGGGCGUGCGCGGGAUGAGGAGCUCUGAGUU